AUGGAUAAUUCCACAUCAGCCUUUUGCCUCGCCAACAGCCCGCCACACGGCCCCUCUGCAGACCGAGAUAAUUCCAAGAGUGCUCAAUUGCACACAGUCGUCGACAUGGCAAGUCGACGAAUGACCCGAGACCGAAUUGACCCUGAAGCGACGCGGUGGCUAACCUGCUGCGACUAUAGCACCAUCUUCCGCAACAACUUCACCAUGCUGGCCGCCGUCUUCAGCGCUGGCUUUGCUUUCGAGAUCGGUUUCAACCAGGCCAUGAACAAGGUUUGGGACAACAACAACCGUGGCCGGCAAUGGAAGGACAUCCGCCACAAGUACGUCGAGGAAGCCGAGGAUGACGAGUAA